UCUGCCAUUUGUAAGAGAUGUUAUUCGGGGGUGGGAAGAAAGAAGACUAAAUCGCUUGGCUCAUUGUCCGGCCUCUGCUUUCCAUUUCUCCUCCUCUUCCUCCCCGAUUCUCCGCCGCCCAUAUUGGUUUCGGCUUAUCCAUCACCACCUCCAUCGCUACCUGCUCUCUUCAUCGCGGACUCCAUUGCAUUCCCAGGUGCAGGCAUCUCAAGUGUGUGUUCAUCUGAAAGUUAUGUGCAGGGGAAACCAAACCAACCAGGGAAAUUUUGUUUAGGAUUUUUCUACUCUACUAGAGUUUCCAAGCCAACUCAAAUCACCAGUCAAACAAGAAGUAGAAGUCUCUCACAACAGCUCCGUAAGAGUAAGAACUAAGAACUAAGAACUAAGAAGAGAAGCUGAAAGGGAGAAGACAUAUAAGAAUGGGGUUCUUCUCACUCCUCGAGGUGGCAGCUAUGCCAGUAAUUCAGGUCCUUCUCAUCAGUAUUCUUGGAGCUUUCAUGGCAACAGAGUACUGGAACCUUUUAAAUGCUGAUGCUCGAAGAUAUUUGAACAAGAUUACUUUCAUUAUCUUCACUCCUGCUCUCACCUUUGCAAGUCUAGCUAAGACUGUUAAUUUCGAAGACGUUAUUACAUGGUGGUUCAUGCCCAUCAACAUAGGUUUGAUCUUCUUGCUUGGAGGAAUAUUUGGGUGGAUUGUUGUAAAAAUAUUGAAACCAGAGCCAUAUCUUGAAGGCAUCAUCAUUGCAACUUCUUCAGCAGGAAACUUUGGAAACCUUAUGGUGAUAGUUGUUCCUGCAAUCUGUAAUGAGGAAGGCACCCCAUUUGGUGACCUUAAUAAUUGCAACUCUGUGGCACUCUCCUAUGCAUCUUUAUCCAUGGCGCUUGGUGCAUUUUACAUUUGGACUGUCGCUUUCCAUCUCGUACAAAGUUCUGGAUUAGCAUACAAAGCAAUUCAAGAAGUCAAGGGAUCAUUGUCAAGGAAGCCUAACGACGAUUUUGAUGCCAACAGUGAAUCCUACCUUCUCAAGGCAGAUGAUCAAGGUCAGACAUCUAAACAAGUGACAUCAACAAAGCUCAUUGAUGAGGAAAAUAUGGAAAAAGAACUUGUUGUAGCACAAUUAUCUGGGAAAGCUGGGGAUGAGAUAUCAUCCUGGGGGAAAAUAACAGGAUCUCUCCAACAUAUUGUGAAGGAGUUGAUGUCCCCACCAACUAUUUCUGCAAUUGCGGGAUUCGUCUUCGGGUGUGUGCCGUUUCUGAGGAAUUUUAUUGUUGGUAAAUCUGCUCCUCUGCGAGUGAUCCAGGACUCAAUUAAAUUACUAGGGGAUGGCACAAUUCCUAGCAUCACCCUUGUACUUGGGGGUAACCUCACCCAAGGUCUUCACUCAGCAAAUUUGAAGCCAUCGAUCAUCAUUGGAGUCAUUUUAGUGCGGUACUUGAUACUUCCUGUGAUUGGGAUUGGAGUUGUUAAGGUUGCUGGUGCUCUGGGUUUCCUCUCACCAGACCCACUCUUCCGAUAUGUCCUGAUGAUACAAUUUACCCUCCCACCUGCAAUGCAUUUAGGUACAAUGGCACAGCUGUUUAAUGUGGGUCAACAGGAGUGCGCAGUCUUAUUCCUUUGGACAUACUUGGUUGCAGCCUUUGCUCUCACAAUUUGGUCCACAAUCUACUUGUGGAUCCUGUCUUGAGAAGAGCUUUAGUAUAUGGGAGAGCUAUAAUGGCAGCAGCUUCUGAAGGGCCAGAGUUGGUGAGAACUCUUCCCAAUUGAAGCAGUCACUCUAGAGACAGAAUUUAUAAUCUACGCUUUGUUUUGUAAAUUUUGUUUGAAUUUUUCCCUAUUGAAUUGUAAAGGGGUGCAGAGCAUUCUUUUUUAAGGUAUAGCAGCAAAUAGGUUGCAGUUUUGGUCAAUAUACAAGUAAUAGGUAAUCAGAUUGUCGGCGGUUGCUGUUCUUCCAA